UUGGACGACCUGGGAAGAGGCUGGUUCCAGACCUCAGUUCCUUGGGCCCAUGGCUGCGCCGGACCUACGAGCGGAGUUGGACUCGCUGCUUCUGCAGCUGUUCCAGGACCUGGAAGAACUGGAGGCGAAACGGGCGGCACUGAACGCUCGGGUGGAGGAGGGCUGGCUCUCGCUUUCCAAAGCUCGCUACUCUAUGGGUGCCAAAUCGGUAGGUCCCCUGCAGUAUGCCUCCCUCAUGGAGCCCCAGGUCUGCGUCUACACCAGCGAGGCCCAGGACGGACUCCAGAGGUUCUGGCUGGUCAGAGCCAGCGCCCAGACUCCAGAGGAGGUGGGGCCCCGAGAGGCAGUCUUUCUUUACCCAGCUUUGCGAAGACGCAAGGGUCUCACCAGAACCCCAGAGCCAGAGUCCUUCCCAGCCCUCCGGGACCCUCUGAACUGGUUUGGAAUCCUGGUUCCUCACAGUCUACGGCAGGCCCAAGCCAGCUUCCGGGAGGGCCUGCAGCUGGCUGCAGACAUGGCCACCCUUCAGAUCCGCAUUGACUGGGGUCGAAGCCAGCUCCGGGGGCUCCAGGAAAAACUCAAGCAGCUGGAGCCUGAGUCUGCUUGACCUGUGACCAGAGACAGAGGAGUGAGCGCAGCUGUUCCUUCAUGUGGCUGGCUACCUUAUCUCAGGCCUUCCUCCUUCACAGAUUGCCCCUGCCCCUAUUCCCAGCUAAUCCCUACUACUUAAAAUUUCUCUGGUUUGCAUGUUUUCAGCUUUGUUAGAUAUGAAAGUUUGAAGAGGCAAACUGAGUAAUGUUGAAAGUCACUACUGUGAAACCACUUCUAGGCUUGUAUUCUCCUAGGACACAGUCAUGUGGGGCAGACGGCAAAGUUGUUAGGUUAGUUCAUAUUAGUAAAUAACCAGAACAUCCUCGUGGAUAUAUCAGCUGCAGUUUCUUUACAAGAUGCAAUAGUAUCCAGCUAGUGGCAGGGAAGGGCAAAAAAUAGGUGCUUCAGUUUCACUAGAUUCUCAAAACUGAUUUUGAUAUAGGAAAAAAAACCAAACAUGGAUAACAGAUCAGGACAGCAUGAUUCCAUGUCAAUAAAAAACACAAACACCUGAGUAGAUAGGCAGUCCUUGACAGGUUUUAAGCCAGAAAGUAAAAAAGAUUUGACUUAGAUUUUCAAGGGAACUCUAGGAAGGGAACUCCAGGAAAAGACCUUUCAGAUUUUUAAAAACCUCCUCUAUCUUUACAGGAGUGAGACCAACCCUCUUUUAAUUUUUUUUUUUUUUUUAAUUUUUUUUUUUUUUCAACGUUUAUUUAUUUUUGGGA